AUGACUAGCUCUAGUACCAGUUACCCGCCACUCACCACAGUCUUUACACCUGCGCCAGAAUGUAGUUACAUAACUUUCACCGAUUGCUAUUAUUCGGACUCUUGCUCAGCGAUAGCUUACACGGAUAACCCCGACAACUGCAAUGGACGCGUCCCACAAUGCUUCCCAGUACAAUCAUCUUCGUUUGAGUCGACCACAAACUACGCAUACGUAACCCUAUCUCAAACAUAUUCACCAGGACUUUAUUGCCCUUUGUAUUGGGAAACUGCGGCGAGCGCCAUAUCUCCCGAUGGCGUGUGGUGUUGUCCCACUGGAUUUUCAUUCAAUCGGGAUUCACAGAAUUGUCAAGCAACUUUGACGGGGGGCCCGGCGGUAACAAGCGACUCCUGCGAUACACUUAGUACAUUUUCUUUCGGGCCUUCGGUAACGAGCGAUAUGACUGUUAGCUUCGACUCGACUAGUUCUUCUAUAUUUCCCUUGGACAAUGUUCAGGUUUCGGUAUCAGCAGGGGGAAUUUUCCUUCUGGGUCAGACAUGGGCCAACGACCCAUCCAAGGCAACAGCAACAACUCCAGCAGCAUCACCACCACCAGGAAAUGAAAAUGAGAGCCCCCCGUCAACUAAGGCUGUUAUUGGCGCCAGUGUAGGUGGGACGAUAGGAGGUAUCCUCCUUCUGGGCCUUGGUGCCCUACUCAUAAUGCGAUAUCGUCGAAGACGAGUAGGCAGAGUACAGGAGGCGGAGGCUGCUCCGAAGCCCCAUGAUGGACCGGAAGAUUAUCCAUUAUACAAACCAGAACUUGAUGGGAGUCUUGCGAGUCCUAUGAUGUAUACAAAACAAGAGCUGGACGCUAAUGCGACACGGUCGGAACUCGAAGGCCCUUCAACUCAUAACCAUGCAGAAUUAGGGGGGAAUGGGAUACCCGCCGAACUCCAAACGGAUGUCGUACGAGCGGAGCUUGAAUGAUUUGGUUCUUUGAUGUUAUACCCACCAUCACAGAAUCCAACAGCUUCCAGAGCUUGCGAUAUCUCCAAAGGCACUUCGUUCUCGCCUAUCUCGGCGUACACGUUCGUCCCUUGCGUCGUAGGGGAGUCGGAAAUCACUUUAUAAAAUCCGAAACCGAAUACGAUAAGACAAUAGGAGCUUAAGCGACUAGCGUACUAGAUGACCGAGCAUCGCCGAUUCUUUGCAUCUAAUGACGGUGUCAUCUUAAUCAAUGCGUAACACGCGC